CCCACUCAUGGACUAGGAAGUUCCGUGUGGUCGUACGCUGUUGUGCUGGCUGAGUUUGGCUUCAGCCGUGUUAGGAAAGCUCUUGGCAAGGUGUUUAGUGUGCCACUCACAGACAACCUGUUUAACUCAGACUGUUCAUAUUCCGUGUACUGCGUACAAACGUGGGCUCUCCUUUUAACUGUGUGUCAGCUCAGGCUGGGAAGGGUGUGUUUUGCAGUCUGCAGCCAUAGACUUGUACUCAGUGGACUGCUCUCCCAGCCUUCAGAGCCCAUGGGGCUUUAGGCUGCUUCCCCUGCUGAUCUUCAGUUUGCGGCUGCUAUUCGUCCUGUCGGUCCCAGCGGAGACCUACCCAGCAGGCAGAUGGUCCUGAGCAGUCAAGGAAAAACUUUAUGACAGGAGCUCGUUCAAACCCUACUCACGUCAAUCUCCAUGCUUCUCUCUCUCUCUCUCUCUCUCACUGUCUCUAUUUUCUCUUUCUCUCUCUCUCUGUCUCUCUCCAGUCAGCUCUUUCAGGCAGCUGUACAGAGCUCCAUAAAGGUGACAACAGCAACAUAGACAGAGGAAUGCUGUUGCUAUAGGAAGUAGAGACUUUCUCUGAACCAUGAGGAUUGUUAGCUCUUUCUGAGAACAAACUGACUUUAUAUUUCAGAUUUUAUUAUUCUGGACUGUAAACCGUUACAAACAGGAUAUUAAAGCGAUCCAUUUAAUAGGGGAGACAAACUACUAGCAUAGAUCCACUGGUCCGACUACCAUGGAGGAGCGGGCGACGUCCAGUAGCAGUCCCCAGCACAGCAGAGGCCCAGUUAAGCAGAAUGUUGUCAGAUGCGGGUGGUUGAGGAAGCAGGGAGGCUUUGUGAAGACUUGGCACACACGUUGGUUUGUACUCCGAGGUGAACAACUGCACUAUUAUAAAGAUGAGGAGGAGACAAAGGCUCUGGGAACCAUUAUCCUACCUGGAAACAGAGUCACAGAGCAUCCUAGCAAUGGGGAAGAGGGUGGAAAAUUUCUGUUUGAGGUUGUUGCAGGAGGAGACAGGGAGCGGAUGACAGCGAAUCAUGAGACCUACCUUCUCAUGGCCAGCACCCAGAAUGACAUGGAGGAUUGGGUGAAGACCAUCCGGAGGGUCAUAUGGGCACCCUUUGGUGGAGGUAUCUUUGGUCAGAAGCUGGAGGAAACAGUACGCUAUGAACGGCGUUAUGGGAGCAAGCAGGCACCCAUGCUGGUGGAGCAGUGUGUGGACUUCAUACGACAAUGGGGUCUACGGGAAGAGGGGCUCUUUAGGCUGCCAGGGCAGGCCAACCUGGUCAAAGAGCUUCAGGAUGCUUUUGACUGUGGAGAGAAGCCCUCAUUUGACUGUAAUACAGAUGUACAUACAGUAGCCUCUCUGCUGAAGCUGUAUCUCAGAGAGCUACCAGAACCGGUCAUCCCGUUCUCCAAGUUUGAUGAGUUCCUCUCCUGCACCAAGUUCCUCAGCAAAGACGAGGAAUCUGGAAUGAAGGAAUUGAAAAGAAAAGUGGAAUGCCUACCUCAAGUCAACUAUAAUCUGCUGCAAUACAUAUGCAGAUUUUUAGAUGAAGUCCAGUCCUAUUCAGGUGUGAACAAGAUGAGUGUCCAGAACUUGGCCACAGUGUUUGGUCCAAAUAUUCUGCGGCCAAAGAUUGAAGACCCUGUAGCAAUCAUGGAAGGUACUGUGCUGGUGCAGCAGCUGAUGUCAGUCCUGAUUGGUCGCCACGACAUCCUGUUCUCCGGAGACGAGGGCAGUCCCACCACACUUGAGCUGGUCAACAACAACAACAACGAGGUGCUGGGGAGGCCAAUUCAGACAGCUGCAGGCCAGCAGCUGCAGAACUCCUCAGAACAGAACAACAACACCCAGAAUACAGCAAGGGUCAGAAAAUGUUCCUGGGAAAACCCUGAGUUGCCCCACCACCAGCAGCCGAUACCAUUAGAUAACAGCGGCUCUGGUUCUCCACGUGCAGCCAGCCCCAAAAAUGGCCACAUGACCGGGCGGUUUGACUUGUCCCGCAGCCCACCCUUAAUGGUUAAGAAGAACCCUGCAUUCUCCAAAGGCGGUGGCAUCGUCACCAAUGGUUCAUUUAGUUCCUCAUCCACUGGCGAUUCAGCCCACCAGGAGAAGAGCCAGACUCUACCCGGCAACACCGGGGACAGCAGCAGCCUCCAGGCCCGACGCACUGGAACGCUGAAGGGUUCGGGCACCAAAAUGGGCACCAAUGGGGUCUCAAAUGGGGGAGUCCGCUUGGGCGUCUCCAGCACCGACGUGGUGAACGGUACCCUGAACGGGCGCAACGGCCUGUGGUUGCCAAACGGUUACCAGGUCACCUUACGAGACAGCAAAUCGAGGAACUGUGGGGAACAGACGAUGGCCCAGAACCGGCUGUCCACCUACGACAACGUCCAACAGCAACAACAACAGCAGCAGUUACAGAAUCAACAACACCAGUGUCUCAAUUCCAGCUGUGAGGACAAGCAAAGCGUGGACAGUGCCACAUGGUCCACCUCCUCCUGUGAGAUCUCCCUACCAGACAACUCCACAUCCUGCCGCUCGUCCACCACCACCUGCCCAGAACAGGACUUCUACGGUGGGUUAUGUCACUAUGAGGACCCCCUGGUGCUGCUGGAUUGUUCCGGUGGGCUGUCUUCACUCGAUGAGCAGCCCCAGCCAGGGGGGGACGUCAAGGGUAAAGGGGAGCAGAGGAACGGAGGUGGAGGAAGGGGUAGCAGGGCCACCAGUAGCAGCGAUAAUAGUGAGAUGUUCGCCAUCAGUAACGGACAUAGUAGUCACAGUGCUCUACACAGCCUGGUGGCUAGUCUCAAACAGGAAAUGCAGAAGCAGAAGACUGAGUACGAGGCCAGGAUAAAGAGUUUGGAGCACUGUAACCAGGAGCUGGAGACAGAGAUGGGGAAUCUCCACGAGGAGCUGGACCAGGAGAGGAAGAAGUACACCAUGGUGGAGAUCAAGCUGCGUAAUGCAGAGCGGGCCAAGGAUGAUGCAGAAAAGAGGAACGAGAUGCUUCAGAAAGAGAUGGAGCAGUUCUUCUCCACAUUCGGAGAUCUGACCACCGACCCACGCAGGCCAGACCGAGCCAACACCAUUUGGAUCCAGUGAGGGGAUGGGAGAGUGAGCUGUUCCUCCUGAAACUUUUGAAAGGGGAAUGGGAAAAUGUACAGAGGACUUUAAGAGACUCAUUGGGAAGGACAGUGCAAUCAGAAUCCAGUAAGUGUGUGACUAAUGAUUGGGUUUCAAAAUCUGAAUCUGCAGAGCUUGGAGACAGACUGUAGCACUCGGAUGUAGUGAGGGUUGAGACAGACUGUACCACUCGGAUGUAGUGAGGGUUGAGACAGACUGUACCACUCGGAUGUAGUGAGGGGUGAGACAGACUGUACCACCCAGAUGUAGUGAUGGGUAAGACAGACUGUAGCACCACAGUGUAGUAAUGGGUAAAACAGACUGUGAGAGAUGUAAGAGAAUGUACAUUUUGAGAAACAAUACCCUGCCCAUUGGGCCCAGUGAGGGAAUACCUAUUAGACUGUAACACCGGCUUCUAGUAAGAGGGGUAGAAGAGAAUGUAUGCCAUUUUUAAUGAGACAAUAGCAUUUUAAUGAAAUAAUUUAUGGGUAGACUGAAUGGAUUAAAUGUGAAGUUGGACAGGGGGCUGAUUGUCUGCCUGAUAGACGAUUCUCAGCCUGAUGUUUGUAGUAUAAAUUCACUGACAUGAACUGAAAGAAAACCUUUUUCCUCAUAUACCUUACUUUCAACCAAAUAUGUAAUCAAGCCCUUGUUACUGCAUUGCCCUUUAUCUGCCUCGCGUGUGUUCCCUCCUGUUUGUUCUAACAUGGCAACUUCCAAUCAGUCAGUGAAAUUCCAAUGAGCGUUUGGAGUUGGUAAAAGCACAAACAGAUCUGGGACAAGGCUAGAAUUUGCCUGUGUAUAUAAUGGGAAAACAAUGCAGAAGUAAAAUAUUAUAAUGUAUGUAAAAACAAAAUCACUAAAAUAUUUUAUCUGAUAUUUAAACAACAGAACUAUCUUUAUGUGAUGUUUCAAUUUUAAUUCAAGGCUCUUCCUUGCGCUUACAUUUUAUUUGAAUUUUCUGUGUUAUGGUACUGAAUUAAUUUGUUUGCUGAUUUUUUGUCUCAAAUUGAAAAGUUGACUUUCGCUUCUGUGCCAUUUUACCAUGACUAUGACCAAAACAGGAGAGGCAGAAGUGAACUGAAAUGUAAAUAUUUUAUCAAAAAUGAUAGAGACCUUGCUUCAUUUGUCUGUACUGUGGCUUUAAGUAUUUUCAGACAUGAAUGUUCUGGAUAAUAAAUAAUGAAGAAUGUGUU